AGAGCCGAGCUUGCUUAACUUCGUUGGUCUGUAACACCGACACAGACCACUUAAUUAACUCCUUUACCACCGCUCACACCACCCUUAGCGCCGACUCUGAUCAGAGCAAAAUCUUUUUCUCCUUUUUCAUGUCCUUCGCCGCCGGCAACACGUACCUAUUAAUUUCACAAAAAGACUUUCGAGUCAAGAAAGAUGGCCCCUUUGCGCAAAAGCACUCCACAAUCACCGACUCUGCCUACCUCUGCACACUGCAUUUCGUAUCCACCUCCCGUCUUGCAAACAAGCGAAUCUUGAGGCAAGGAUGUGAGCCCCCGCAAAUAUACUCCGACAUCUCCUUCUCCUCCCCGCACCGAUUGGAGCCUUCACAACGUUGCACAAGCAACUUUGGCGAAGCUUCUUUCACCUCAGGCCAAGCCGUGUCAAUUUAUAAGACGCCGAGAAUUUCCUACCUUGUUAGGGUAGAGUAGCAAUUGAGUGCACCAAGCACUUGUAAGGGCAUGAAGGACUCAUGGAUGCUGGGAAGAAUGUGGAUUUACGACAGUUAGCAAAAUGGAACACGGAUAAAUGAGGUCAUGGCGACAGAGAACGACUGGGGAUACACAUUUCUAUUGCAUUACUUUGCAAUGUCCUUCGUGCAAUUAA